UCUGUGUGGCAGUGAGGAGAGGAUGGCCGCUAACCAGGAACGCACCUUCAUCGCCAUCAAGCCCGAUGGGGUCCAGCGAGGUCUUAUUGGGGACAUCAUCAAGCGCUUCGAGCAGAAGGGGUUCCGCCUGGUGGCCAUGAAGUUUGUGCAGGCUUCUGAAGAGCUCCUGAAGCAGCACUACAUCGACCUCAAGGACCGUCCUUUCUACGCCGGGCUGGUGAAAUAUAUGGGCUCCGGGCCCGUGGUCCCCAUGGUCUGGGAGGGUCUGAAUGUGGUGAAGACCGGACGUGUCAUGCUGGGAGAGACCAACCCCGCCGACUCCAAGCCCGGCACCAUCCGGGGGGAUUACUGCAUCCAGGUUGGCAGGAACAUCAUUCACGGCAGCGACUCCGUAGAAAGCGCCAAGAAGGAGAUCGCUUUGUGGUUCAAGGAUGAAGAACUGUCCGAUUACAAGAGCUCUGCCUACGAGUGGGUGUACGAGAACUAAGCCCCUCUCCCCUGCCCCCGCUCCGUUAUGUGCCCUGCAAAUAAAGUGUUAACUGUAACAAA